AUGAACACUUUCAAAACCCUAGUACUCCUAAUCAUUGCGGCUAGCUUUCUGGUUAUUGCAUCCAACGCUCAAAACACUGCACAAGACUACCUUAACACUCACAACACUGCCCGUUCGCAAGUUGGAGUAGCGAACGUCGUAUGGGAUGCAACGGUCGCAACCUACGCACAAAAUUAUGCAAACGCUAGAAAAUCAGACUGCAACCUCGUGCACUCGAGCGGACCAUAUGGAGAAAACCUAGCCAAGGGAAGCAGUAGCACGUUCUCGGGCAUAUCAGCCGUGAAUCUUUGGAUUAACGAGAAACCUUACUACAACUACACUACCAAUUCUUGCACAGGUGGGAAACAAUGCUUGCAUUACACGCAAGUGGUGUGGAGAGACUCGGUGAAAAUAGGGUGUGCUAGGGUUCAAUGCACCAAUGGUUGGUGGUUCGUGACUUGUAACUAUGACGCACCCGGCAAUUACAUCGGAGAGUACCCUUACUGA